GGCGUCAGGUGAAACUCGCUCAGUGAGGAAAACGGGGCAGAUUAAACUUACUUUGUAAGAACUUCCUGCACUGCGUUUGUACUUUUUUAUGAACUUGUACAGCGUAGGCAACGUUUGACACAAGGGACCAACACUUUACAAGAUGAAGAGCCUCAAGUAUCGAUUGAAAAAGCACGAAGUUACUAUCACAAACACAGACUGGAACAAGUACGAUGAUCGGCUGAUGAAGGCAGUGGAACGUAGCGAGGUGGAAAAGGUGGCUGCUGUUCUCAGCAAGAAGGGCAUCAUCCCCACUAAGCUAGACGUGGAAGGACGCUCUGCGUUUCAUUUGGCUGCAACACGAGGACACCUAGAAUGCCUCAAUCUCAUCCUGGGACACAAUGUUGAUGUGACUGCGACUGACGCCGCUGGUAAAAGUGGUCUUCAUCUAGCUUCAAGAAAUGGACAUUUUCUGUGUGUGCAGAAACUCCUGCAGCACAACUGUCCAGUUGGAAAUGUGGACCUGCAAGGAAGAACUGCUCUACAUGAUGCUGUCAUGGCGGGCUGCGCCUCCAGCGUCAAACUUCUCUGUGACAGCGGAGCAGCUGUGAAUGCCACUGAUUUUGAUGGUAGGACACCUCUGGUUCUGGCAACCCAGAUGUGCCAUCCACGCAUUUGUCAGCUGUUACUGGAGCGAGGAGCUGAUAUUAUGGUCCGGGACAAACAAAACAAGACAGCGCUGAUCCUCGGCUGCGAGUUCAGCUGUAAGGACGCAGUGGAGGUGUUGCUGAAGAGCGGCGCUGAUGUGAAGGCCGUGGACGGCUUGGGUCACGAUGCGUACCACUACACUCGCUUCAGCAAGGACCCGGAGCUCAUGACGAUGGUCAGGAGUUACCUCGAAAAAGCCAACAGAGAUAAAGAAGCCGCAAAGAUAGAACAGUGGAAGCGACAGCAUUCAGUGGAGAGAUCAGAGGCAGCUGAGGUUAACAGAAGGGACCAGAUCAUACAUGAUCUGGAAAGGCAGAAUGAGACUCUGCAGGAGGGCCUCAGGAAGUACCAACAGGAGCAGAAAGCUCUCUCAGAUAAAGUCAAGAUGCUACAGCAACAGCUCGCACAGGAAAAAGUGGCCAUAGAAAACUCUCAGAAAGAGAAGGAGCAGUUGAAGAUGUUACUCAGCGCUAAAGAAAAAGAGGAAGGAGCUCGAGGCCAGGAGACUGUAAAGGUCCAGCUCCGGAGUACUUUGGGGGAGUACUCUGGGCAGUCUGUUAUCAAAGGUAAAGAAAACAUUUUGGUGAAACAAGCUCACAGCCUGGAUUCUGAGCAGAUGCUCAGGAAUCCUCCCAUGUCACAUUCACCGCCCCGAUCUCUGGAGAAGAGUCUUCUCGGUGAACUGGACACUCUCCGAAAUGAACUCGAGGCAGUAAAGAAAAGACAACAGGCUGCUGAGGAGGAGACGGCACGGCUUCAGUCUGCGCUAAGCCGUAAAACCCGAGAAUGCCAGGAGCUGCUCCAGAGCCGAGACACCAUCCAGAAACAGGCUGACCAGCAGGUUCAAGAGCUCGAGGAAGCCUUGGGAGACGUCCAGAAACGGAUGCUCGACUCUGAGUGCAAGGUCAAGCAGCUGCAAGCCCAUGUAGUCGCUGUCAAGGAACAUUUAGGAGGCCAGGCGACAGAAGACCUGCGUGCCCAGCUCCAGGAUGUCAAGGCCAAGUAUGAAGGUGCUUCAGCCGAAGUGGGGCGUGUUCGUAACCGCCUUAAACAGAGUGAGAAGGCCUUGGAGGAGUACAAGAGCAGCGAGAGCCAACUAGCAGCUGAGACUGAGAGGCUGAACCAGGAGCUCAGAGCUCUGACUGCAGAGCGAGAUGAACUUGGCGAAACUCUUUUAGAAAUGGAAACCCAGCUGAAAGAGGCCCAGACUAAACAUGGCAACACCGUACCAGCUGAGAAGUUUGAUAACAUGAAAAACCUGCUGUCCAAUGCAGUUGACGAGAAGGAACGGCAGCUCGCUGAGCUGAGGGAAGACUAUGAUCGGGUGCUGGAGGAGGUGGCAGAGCUCCAUCGAAAGCUGGACGGCCCGUCAUCACAGGGAGGCUCUGGUGAGGAGCUACAGCUGCGGGCAGCGCUGGAAGAUCAGAACGCUUCACUGAAAAGGAAGCUGGUGGAUGUGACUGCCAAAAGCCAGGCUCUGAUUCAUGAGGUCCAGAAGAGUGAGGAGGAAAAACAUAUGCUACGAGAGCAACUGGAUGAGCUUAACAGCAGGAUUGACAUGGACUUUAUACCCGUACAGAACCACGAGGAAGUCCGGAGGAACAUGGUAACAGCUCUGGAGGAUCUCGAGGACAAACUUGUGGAAGCCGGUGAGCAAUGCGGAAGGGCAGAGGCGCAAGUCCAGCAGCUUCAGACUGAGAGGGCCGCACUGCAGGAGAAUAUCAGCAGUCUCCACAGCGCGAGUGAGAGACAGCAAAGUGAGACGGACACUCUGAGGUCUCAGAAUGCCGACCUGAUGAAGAAACUUGAGCUUUUGCAGAAGAGAUGUGAAGACAGAGACAGAGAGUGUGUACAGCUGACCGCACAGAGUCAGACUCUGAAACAGAGCUUGGAAGGACAGUAUGUUCCCAGGCAGCAGCACGAGCAAGUGAAAAUGGAGCUAAGUUCCACCUUAGAGAGUGUUAAAGCUGAGAUGUUAAAGUUGGAGACCAGGGAAAAAGAAAGUGGGGAAGAGCUGAAGAAUGUGAAAGAAGGAAAAGAAAAGUUGGAAAAAGUCCUGUUGGAGAUGAAGAACGACUAUAUCAGUGUAAAAGACCACAGAGCUAUCACAGACAAGCUGAAUGCUGCUGUGGUCGAGGCAGAGAAUAGAACGAAUGAGGUGUCGGCAAUGUAUGCAUUGGCUCAGGAGGAAUCAGUUAAGCUUACUCACGAACUGGAGGCCCAGAAGAAAGAACUUGAUACCAUACAGGAGGCUAUUCAGUCCAAGUUUGUGCCACUGACAACAGCUGAGGAGAAAGAAACCUCUUACAGCGUCCAGGUUAAAGAACUGACAGCCAGACUGUUGGAAAUGGAACAGAAGUAUAACAAAGAAAAGGCUGCCAGAGAGAGCGACAAACAGGAGGAAGAGAAACUAAAAGCUGAGCUGGAGUCUGUUCAGCGGAGACUAGAUACUGCUCUGGUUUCCAGUGAAAAGCACAAAGAAAAUGAAGAGGCGUUCAAGACUAAAUGUGAGGAACUGACCCAGAGUUUGGUCAGCUUAGAGCAGCAGCACAAGGAGGUAACGCUUCAGAAAGAUGAAGUCCAAGAGCAGAAUGCUCUGUGCAACACUCAAAUUCAGAAUCUCCAGGAGCGUCUGAAAUCAGAGUUGACGCGCAUAUCGACAUACGACACCGAGCUUAAAGCCCUCAGUGAUGCCUUCCAGCAAGCUCAGGCUGAUUGCAUGAAAGCAAGAGAGGCCCAGCAGGUGGAGGCCCAGAAGGCUUGUGCCUUACAGAAAGAAGUACAGGAUGUCCACAGGGAACAGGAGACUCAGCUGCAACAGCAUGCCGGGGCCAAGGAAGCCCUGGAGGCUGAAGUUGCCAAGCUUUGCCUGGCUCUCCGCGAGGAGGAGGAGAACAACGCCCAGAGGGCUGAAGAUGUAUCUGCCCUGCAAUCAGAGCUCCUUCAAGCCACUCAGGCUCUCGAAGAGAUUCGCUGUAAGGAAGACCAAAUGAACCAGCUGAAGAAGGAGAAGCAGCAGCUGAAGGAGGAGGCUGCCAGCCUGAGCAACAAGCUACUGAGCUUAGCAGAAGAGCGUGAAAAGGCCCAUCAGGAGACAACGAAAGCAAGGGAGGGCGAGAGCAGGGCGAGGACAGAGAUGGAGGCCGUCCAGGAGAAGGGCCGCGCCAUUGAAAGGGAAAUCAGAGAGCUGAAAGAGAGGUACGAUGAGUCGCUCACCACCAUCUGUGACCUGCAGAAGAGGAUUCAGACGUCAGCUGAGCAGACUGAAGCCAAAGAUAAGAAGAUCACAGAGUUGCUGACAGACGUUGAGCGAUUGAAGCAGGCGCUGAAUGGUCUGUCCCAGCUGGCAUACACAAGCAGCGCACCCAAUAAGAGACAGACACAGCACAUCGAAACGCUCCAAGCCCAGAUCAAGAGCCUACAGCAGCAGCUGGCUGAUGCUGAGAGGCAACACAGAGAGGUGGUUUCAAUUUAUCGAACGCAUCUCCUCAGUGCAGCCCAGGGCCACAUGGAUGAGGACGUCCAGGCCGCCUUGCUGCAGAUCAUCCGCAUGAGACAGGAGUUUGUGUGUUAAAGCUUCGACACUUGCUGCUACCCGCUGACUCAAAUUCACUGUUUUCACAUCCCCUGCUGUAAAGUGUUCCUGCUGUGGCCCCUGUGGGCGCCGUGUGUGUGUGUGUGUGUGUCUGUGUCUGCUGACAAAUUUCUGCUGACAGGCUGUUAGAAAAAACAUUUCUGCUGCAUUUUAAGUCUCAGAAGUCUCUAAGCUGGAGAUGAAUACCAGCAGCCUCUGUAGGUACAAACGUUAUUUCAGCCUUCAUGGAAACAUGGAAAAAAAUCAAAACUCAACUUGCAUUAAAGUGCAAAUGUAUCAGUUCACGCCAAAUGUAAUCGUCUACUUGUAUGCAGAAACACUUUGCAGUUGCUGGUACAGUAUGAAAAAUAUAUACUAUUUCAUAAAUUUCUAUCAAAUCUUUUAUAAAAGAUGCUGCAGAUCUGUGCGUUUUUAUGCAGCUUUAACACAUUAUAUUCAGUGAUGUGAAAGCUAUUUGAAAGUGUGCAUCCCUUUCAGAGACUACACACACUCCUGAAACACUCAGCUGAACUGUGAACUGGACAUACACAAACAGACCACUUUUCACAUUCCCGCCUGACUGUCAGCGCUCGUGCAGAAUGCUUCCAUAUUUAACAGCAACAUUUGCUUGAGUUUAAAGGGGACGGGUUCACAGUUUUUCAGCUCAGAUGCCCAGGUCCACACCGAAGGAGUUACUGGAUGCUGUAAUCAUUCUCCUGCUUUCGGUGCUAAGUUUCUUUUAGUCUGCAAGCUUCUGUAGGCAAGCUUUCUUCUCUUUGGUUUGCAUAGAGGGAGUCUGAAAACUCUUUGAUGGGGGGCUGCAGCUUGAAGCAGACAAAGAGGACGUGGCUGUUGUACUUGUCAUUUUUGAGCUGAGCCAUUGGCUUUUGUCUUGUUUUUAAAACGUACUGAAAGCCAGCAGAUGGUUUAAGAAGUGAUGAUACUUUUAGUGCUCUGAGUUAAGUUUACAAAAACAGAGAUCCAGCUGAAUGAUUAGUACUUCCUUUCGGGGGGGGAAAGGCUCAUUUUGCCUGCCUGUGUUUCCUUGCGGAGCUGCAGGGAGUGCACAGUAAUGCAGUGAAAUCACAGUAACAUUAGGAAACACUAACUGUGGGCGAUGAAGCCUCAUAAAUAUUUGCAUUCAUUUUUGACUAAAGGUUUUUUCGGGAAGGAAUAAAUGAUAACAGCUCCCAAUAAAUCAGCGUACAGAGUUGAAAAUAUGUGAGCCUGUCCUUCAACUUUCACCUCCUUUCUUUGAGUCAGAGUCUUUUUGUGGCACACUUUUUCUUCUUCUUUUUUUUUUUUUUUUUUCCCCUUCUGGAGGUCCAAACUAAUCAGAUGCCAAAAACCUGAAAUGGAUCCAAGUCUAAAAUCUUGUUGCCGUGGUUGUAGGCAGUUUGAGGCAUAUUUGGGAGAGUGCUCAGUUAUCUCACAGUCCAGUUAAAUGAGUCUGCGCACUGGUCAUCCUGGAUUUUAAUCACAGGGGCGUGAAGUGGAGAUUUCUUGCUGUGUCCUACAGUUUGCAGUGGCACGUCGUCUUUUUGUUUAAACCAGAGUGUCCUCUAGUGGUCAGACUUGGCAGGCCAAGUUGGUUGAAAUUGUAAUAAUCUCUGCAGACCAGGGGUGGGCAGUUGUUGCUUUUGGAAGCUGUUUAUAGCUGCGUGCGUCUACUAGUGACAUUUAUUAGAAAUCUGAGAGAAACUUAAAAAUGUGCAUAAGAAACUAAAAUGGCAAAGCUAUCUGCUGCUUUGCAUUACUACUUUUUAAACCAAACCUCUUUUUUUUAAAAAAAAAAAAAACAGCUAAAGCUUGAACAUAUAAUUUAUGCAGCAGCAGAUUUCCAGCUGUCCCAGAGCAAGAGCUGCGUACCCCUGAGCUGACUCUUUGUGGCUCCUGAUGGUGUAGUGUGGUGGUGAUUGUUGAGCCAGUCUCUUGUGCCUUUACACUGAUAUAUUUUUCAUAGCUUUGUACUACUUUAAUUACUGUACUACAGUGUGACAUUAUUCAGCAGGUCUGGAAGUAGAACGGCACAAAACAUGUUCAGGUUUGACUGUAGGAUACUAUUUGAUACAAGCAAAGCAGAUCCCUUUGUUUAUUAGGAUGAACUUCCCCUGAACCAUUAGUCAUCUGAAACACUCCUCUUUACCGCUCAGCUAACACACUUUGUUUUUAUAUUUAGGACAACAACUGUUUACACCCAACAAUUCUUCCUUUACUUUGUUCUGCAGAUUUUUUUUUUUUUUUUUAAUUAUUAACACACAGUUUUGGAUAUUUUUUUCUUUUCCCUCUACCAAUAAAAGACUACAAUAUGAAUCCAUUUGAAUGUUUAAAUGUUACCGUUUAACCAGUCUGUUUAACUGGGUUUUUUUUUCCUUGAGAAGAAUAGUUGUUUGUUAAUCAGUCAUAC